GGUAUCUCACGCUUUUACGUAGAUUGCCACAUAUGGUUUUCUGUGCGUAUUUUUUCAUUAAAUUACGACGGAUAACGAAGAUACAAAAUGAAUAGCAAAAUAGGGUUCAAACUUUGGAUUUAUUGGGUGAUUCUCCCACUGCAAUUUAAUGCAAAUGCUUACUUGACGGAGUCCUCUCUCAGCCUAACCCUAGGUGAUGAUUAUCUACGCAAGAUGGAAAUAGGAACUGAAUAUAAAGUAGUUUACCCACAAAUAUAUACUUUAUCGAGAAGAAAACGAAGAAAUUCGGAAGAUAACGCAGCAGCCAUGCUUGUUUUGAGAGCUCCUAAUGUUACGUACUAUGUCGAACUCGAAUUAAAUGAGCAACUAGUGGAAAUUCCCGUUACCGUUAAUGGAAUCACUUUCGAAUAUCACCGAAGUCGAUGUCACUUUCAUGGUAAAAUCAUUAGCAAACCAAACGGACAAGCGGCGAUUUCAGCAUGCUCCGAAGAUGGAAGUUUGACGGGUGUACUGAUGACUGGCGAAAAGACUUUUUUCUUGAGCCCGGUUUCUUUCAAGGAUAAUCUGAGGCAAGAACAGAAAAGUAAUUCCAGCUCCCACUUCCUUAUUGAAGCUUCCGAUGAAAACUUGAAAUUCUGUGGAACUAAUAAGGCGAAAAGAGUUGUAUCGAGACUGGAUGACAAUUUAUACGAUGACCCCGAGUCUGAUUCAAGGCAAAAUCGCAUGAAAAGGGCACCACCUUCAUCAUCAACAACUCAGCGCAAAGUUAUUGAACUCGCUGUUUUUGUAGAUAAUGAGUUAUAUAAGAGGAUAGAGGCUACAGCAGCUAUUGAUGCUCGCACAGCUACAAUACGCCGAGUCCUUGGUAUUCUGAACCAGGUGCAACUGAUUUACAAUUAUCCAUCUCUAGAAACUAAAUUCAAGUUUGUGGUCGUCAAACUCGAAAUUCUGAAGUCUAGUCAGGAUGCUCCAAAUGCAGAAAAUGGAGAUAUUGAUAAAUAUCUGGAUAAUUUUUGCGUCUGGCAAAGUAGACUAAACGUUCACGAAGGUAGCAUUGGGCACUGGGAUCAUGCUAUAAUGCUUACAGGGAAAGAUUUGUUCAAGCAAACUCGUGGGAAAAGAAAUCCGAAAGUUUUAGGUCUGGCAUGGGUGAAUGGUAUGUGCCGCACCAAUUACAGCUGCACAUUGAACGAAGGUACAAGUUUUGAAGCAGCUUUUGUCAUCGCUCACGAGAUAGCUCACAACUUGGGAGUAAUGCAUGAUGGUAGUGGAAACAACUGCGAGCGAAAUAAAUUCAUCAUGUCAGAUAAAACAGGACCAGGGAAGGUACACUGGUCGUUGUGCAGUAAUGCUUAUAUAAAGAAUUUUUUCAGGAAUGGUUAUGGAUGGUGUUUAGAAGACGACGCUUCCCCACCUAACAGGAGUUUCGAUUUACAGUCUCAGAGUUUGCCAGGAAGUAGAUAUUCAUUAUCUGAUCAAUGUAUUCUAGCUCUGGGAUCUGGUUAUAGCCCUCACAGCAACAACAAGGAGCCAUUUAAUAAUGUAUGCCGUGAACUUUGGUGCGCUUCGGGAACAUGGGCAAAGCCUGCGCAUCCUGCGCUCGAAGGAAGUCCAUGUGGGAAUGGAAAAAUUUGUCUGCAAGGUCUUUGUCGAACUUCGGUGUUACUUAGGAAUGAAAAUUCAACAGAUUUCAUAAAUAUAAGCACAUCAACUACUUCUCAAGAAUCUGCCAGACAUCAUUCAUCUCUAGAACCAGAUGGAAUUCUCAGGAAAAUUCAAGAGACUGCAGUAAAGAUAAUUAGAAGUUUGGGAUAAUCAAGACCUGAAUUAUAGUUUUCAAAUUACUUCAUUUACCAAAUAUUCCUGUUCUCAAACAUCUUACAAACACUCUCAGAAGGAGACUAAAAUAUUUCUGAGAUACACAGUCCAUAUAUUACUAACAAGUGAGAAAUUCGUCACUGUCCAGAAAAACCUAAGCUAUUUAAAACAUCAAGGCAAGGUAUAAAAUAUUAUCUAUACAAACUUUCUGAGAGUUCUAGAUAUCAUCGAAUUCAUUCCAGACAAUUUUUAAACCGAGUUAUGGACAUAUUCCAAUGAAUAAAAUCUUACUCGGGUCAGCUCCUAUAAAAUAAUCAAUGAGGGCAGGUAAGGCCUUUUAAAUGCACGGAUAAGCAAACUAAAUAUUUUUUUCCUAAGAAAAAAGCUUUCAGUUUCAAAAUACCAUUCAAGUAUGCAGUAAGCAGAAAAACUAUAAUGUCGCAAUGUUCUAAUAUCAAUUUGCUAAUAAAAGAUUCUCAUCUCUGUUUUUUAUUAUUA